UGAAUGGUGGGCGAAAUAUGGGCGAAACUCCCCGGUCGUGGAUACAUAAACCAAGCUCCGACCCGACCGAAAAUUUUAUAGCUACUCUCCGCCCUUUUGCACAUCUUCUCCUCUUCCCCUCCAUACUCCUCACUGUCCGAGCGCGUGUGGCGUCUUCCCUGCUCGCUGACGUUUGCAGCGAGCGCUUUGAACCACGGACUGACGACGCCGUCUACGACGAUUCUCCACGCCCUCUUAUUCUAAACGGCGAGGUGCGCGGCCACGCAAAACGAGCCAUUGACCUCUCAUUUCCCCGUCUUUAAAGGACACAGUCGACCUACGCACUCCUCCCUUCGCACACUUCUUGCAAAAUGGCGAACCCACCCCACGGCGGAGUCCUCAAGGACCUGAUUGCGCGCGAUGCGCCGCGGCGCAGGGAGCUGUAUGCGGAGGCGGAGAAGCUGCCUGCGAUUGUGCUGUCGGAGAGGCAGCUGUGCGACCUGGAGCUCAUCCUGAGCGGUGGUUUCUCGCCGCUGGAAGGCUUCUUGAACCAGAAGGACUACGAGGGCGUCGUCAAGGACUGCCGACUCGCCGACGGAAGCCUCUUUAGCAUCCCCAUCACCCUCGAUGUCUCGCAGGAAACGAUCGACCGCGAGGGCGUCAAGCCCGGCGCCCGCAUUGCGCUCCGCGACUUCCGCGAUGACCGCAACCUCGCCAUCCUCACCGUCGACGACAUCUACAAGCCGGACAAGGAGAGCGAAGCUAAGGAGGUCUUUGGAGGUGACCCCGAGCAUCCGGCUAUCAAGUACCUCUUCGACACGGCACAGGAGUUUUAUGUCGGCGGCAAGCUCGACGCUAUCGACCGGCUGGAGCAUUAUGACUAUGUUGGUCUUCGAUACACUCCCGCAGAGCUUCGUCUGCACUUCGACAAGCUGGGCUGGUCCAAGGUCGUGGCAUUUCAGACGAGAAACCCUAUGCACCGCGCUCACCGAGAACUCACCGUCCGCGCUGCCCGUGCCCGUCAAGCUAACGUCCUGAUCCACCCUGUUGUCGGUCUCACCAAGCCUGGUGACAUUGAUCACUUCACCCGUGUCCGCGUCUACCAGGCGCUGCUCCCCCGAUAUCCCAACGGGAUGGCUGUGCUUGGUCUUCUGCCUUUGGCUAUGCGCAUGGGUGGCCCUCGCGAGGCCAUCUGGCACGCCAUUAUUCGCAAGAACCACGGUGCUACUCACUUCAUCGUUGGACGUGACCACGCCGGUCCGGGCAAGAACUCUAAAGGCGUUGAUUUUUACGGCCCUUAUGACGCCCAGCAUGCGGUGGAGAAGUAUAAGAGCGAGCUUGGCAUUGAUGUCGUUCCCUUCCAGCAGAUGACGUACCUUCCAGACUCGGAUGAGUAUAGGCCGAAGGAUGAGGUCCCAACCGGCGUGCGGACUCUUGAUAUCUCCGGCACAGAACUCCGCAAGCGUCUUCGCACUGGCCAGGAAAUUCCCGAAUGGUUCUCCUACCCCGAAGUCGUUAAAGUCCUCCGCGAAUCCCAUCCUCCGCGCAGCAAACAAGGCUUCACCGUCUUCCUGACGGGCUACCAAAACUCUGGCAAAGACGCCAUCGCCCGCGCCCUCAACGUCACCCUCAAUCAGCAAGGUGGGCGCUCCGUCUCGCUCCUCCUAGGUGAGACGGUCCGCAGCGAGCUCUCCUCCGAGCUCGGCUUCUCUCGCGCAGACCGCGACAUCAAUAUCGGCCGUAUUGCAUUCGUAGCCUCCGAACUUACUAAGGCUGGUGCAGCCGUCAUCGCGGCACCAAUUGCACCGUUUGAGGAGAGCAGACAGCAUGCGCGCGAGCUGGUGGAAAAGUAUGGCAGCUUUUAUCUGAUUCACGUGGCGACGCCGCUCGAGUAUGCGGAGAAGACGGAUAAGAGGGGAAUCUAUGCCAAGGCACGAAAUGGCGAGAUCAAAGGAUUUACGGGCGUGGAUGAUCCGUAUGAGGUGCCGAAGAAGGCGGACCUGACGGUUGACAUCUCGACGAGUAAUGUGCGUACGGCGGUGCAUCAAAUUGUGCUGCUGCUUGAGGCCGAGGGCCUGCUGGAGCAGCUGUAAGUGGUGCACAUCCCGGGGGAGAGAAGAGCAAAAUGUGGAAGACCCUGAUCGGACUGCAUAUGGAAGAUUUCAUAUUUGCUUUUUCUUUUAAAAUAUGAUAGACAAGGCAUACAAGACGCAGGAGAUGAGAUGAGGUUUUGAUAAGGUUUAUGCAUUAGAUCGACCGAAUGCCACGCGGGAAACCCCUGGGGGCAUGCAAAAGCGAAUUCAACUUGGCUCCUUCUGGAGAAGAUGUCCAUGCAUCGGUGACAUGGAGCUGAUCUGGUACUGGGUUUCCCACCCGUUGGCUUGGGCCGAUCGAUAAGGCGAGCACGCAAGAUGCACGUCGAUUGCGACAUCCCGAGGGGCGAUUGGCAUUGAUGGGCACCUGCACGUUGGGCUCCACAUUACAGCACGCGAAUGAUGGACGGAUACUCAGACUCG